AUGACUGAAGAAGUUUCUUCGACAGCAUCCCUUUUAUGUUUACUAGGGAAAACGCAAGAUCGUAUUCCAAACCUCCUGAUGAAUAAACAAUAUGUUGAAAAACAGAUCGAUUGUAUUUUGGAUCGAGGUCAUUGUGAUGCUAUAGGAAGAAAAAUCAAAGAAUUGUUACCAGAAGCGAUAAACAAUUAUUGCCGACGUUGCACAUCUCGAGAAGUAGCACAGGCACGCACAUUGAUCACAUUUAUGCAACAAAAUUAUCCCCAAGCGUGGAAUCUGAUUCUACGACGUUACGCGGCAAUGCAACGUUAUUUCAAUUAG